CCACCUUUCCCAACCCAGAGCGCGCGAACUCGCCACCGCCUCGCCGGAAAUGGCGCCCUCCCUCGCUCACCUCGUGUGCCUCCUCCUCCUCCUUCUCCUCCUCCUCUCCGCUCUACCCCUCUCCGCAGCCGCCUCGACCCCCCGGUCCGCGCCGCCGUCGGCGCCGCCCACCCCGCUCGUCCCCGCGCUCUUCGUCAUCAGCGACUCCACGUCCGACGUCGGCACCAACAACUACCUCGGCACGCUCGCCCGAGCCGACCGCGAGCCCUAUGGCCGGGACUUUGACACCCACCGCCCCACCGGACGCUUCUCCAACGGCCGCAUCCCCGUCGACUACCUCGCGGAGAAGCUGGGGCUCCCCUUCGUGCCUCCGUACCUCGAGCAGAGCAUGCGCAUGGGCGUCGGCGGUGCUGGCCUCAGCAACAUCGGUGGAAUGAUCCAAGGCGUCAACUACGCUUCCGCGGCAGCCGGCAUUCUCUCCAGCAGUGGCUCUGAGCUGUGGAUGCAUGUGUCGCUGACCCAGCAGGUGCAGCAGGUUGAGGACACAUAUGAGCAGUUGGCGCUGGCUCUUGGGGAGGCAGCUACAGUCGACCUGUUCAGGAGGUCGGUGUUCUUUGUGUCGAUCGGGAGCAACGACUUCAUCCACUACUACCUGCGCAAUGUGUCAGGCGUGCAGAUGCAUUAUCUCCCAUGGGAGUUCAAUCAGCUCCUUGUUAAUGCAGUGAGGCAGGAAAUCAAGAAUCUGUACAAUAUCAAUGUUCGAAAGGUCGUGCUGAUGGGCCUUCCUCCUGUUGGCUGUGCCCCGCACUUCCUUUCGGACUACGGCAGCCAAAAUGGGGAAUGCAUCGACUACAUCAACAACGUCGUGAUCGAGUUCAACUAUGGACUGAGACACAUGUCAAGUGAGUUCAUCCGCCAGUACCCAGACUCGAUGAUCAGCUACUGUGAUACAUUUGAGGGGUCAGUGGACAUACUAGAGAACCGUGACCGCUAUGGCUUUCUGACCACCACUGAUGCUUGCUGUGGGCUUGGCAAGUAUGGCGGGCUAUUCAUCUGCGUUCUUCCACAGAUGGCGUGCAGCGACGCGUCAAGCCAUGUGUGGUGGGAUGAAUUCCACCCGACCGAUGCUGUGAACCAGAUCCUGGCAGAAAAUGUGUGGUCUGGUGAUCACACCAGGAUGUGCUAUCCAGUGAACUUGCAGGAGAUGGUGAAGCUGAAGCAGUAGAACCAACCUGGAUCGUCAUUGCAGUUACUUGCUCAACUUCUGUGUUUUCAUUUUCGACAAAGAACUUCUGCGAGUGGGACAGUGAAAUGUAUAUCGAGAAUCACGG